AUGCCGCAGCUCUUCCCCUCGAACCCCUCCGCGGCAAUGGUGAUUCGCCAAGUAACGCCGGACAUCGUUACUAUGAGUCUCCCAUUUGCGCGCUUUGGAAUCCUGCGCUUCGGCGGCCGAGGGACGCUGGUCAAGCUCUCCACGGGCUCCCUCGCCGUGUUCUCGCCCGUCAACCUAACCCCCGAAGUCCGCGAAAAGGUGGACUCGCUGGGCGGGAAUGUCAAGUACAUUGCCGCACCGGAUCUGCAGCACCAUCUUCACAUCACGGCGUGGAAGAAGGCAUUCCCGCAAGCGGAAAUCCUGGCGCCGGAGGGCUUGUGGGAGAAACGGCAGUCGAAUCCCGAAUUAAAGGACACCACCCCUCCGUUCCAGCACGUGUUUAAGCAGCAAGACGGUGGAUCGUCGAAGUCGAUCUCGGAGGAGUUCGACGCCGAGUUUGAUAACGAGUACGUCUCCGGACACGGGUCGCGGGAGCUCGUGUUUCUGCAUAAGCCCUCCAAGACCGUUAUCGAGGCCGAUAUGCUAUUCAACCUCCCCGCCAAGGAACAAUACUCCCAGAGCGCAGAAGGGACCAAGCCGAACCUUUUGACGCGGCUGGUACUCCCGAUGCUGGCGACGGCGCCGCCCGCGACGGGCCAGAGAAGGUUUGCAUGGUGGAUUCUCUCGUCGAAGGACCGAGCGGCAUUCACCCAGUCCGUGAGACGGAUCGAGAAGUGGGACUUUGACCGGUUGAUUCCGUGCCAUGGGGACGUGAUCGAGACGGGCGCUAAGGGUGUGUGGCGCGACGUCAUGGCGUGGUUCCUGGGAGACAAGAAAAGUGCUUAG